UUAUUAUGUUUAAUUCCCUGCCAUUAGGGGCGCCGUUUCCCGCUUCUGUGUUUUUGACGUCGCUUCCGCUUCCUUCCGCCUGUCGAGGCAGAGAACAUGGCGGCCUCCAUAGCGAGCGUAAGGACCGUUCGCGUCCUGUCAAAGAUCAUCAAUAGACACUUCUUACCGGCUGCUGCAGUACAGCAUCAAACACGGUUGACGCACACAUCGCUGUCUCCUGCAGUGAUGGUCACAGAGGAGCCGGACACGCUCUAUCAGAGGCUGUCAGUGCAGGUCAAAGGUCACGAUAAGGCCGUUCUGGACAGCUAUGAGUUUUUCGCCACUCUGGCAGCUCGAGAGCUCGGCCUCACCCUGGAGAAAGUAUUUGAGCCGCCCAAACACAUCGAUAAACUGACCCUGCUAAAGUCCAUUCACAUCUUCAAGAAGCACCGAGUGCAGUAUGAGAUGAGGACGCAUUACAGGUGCAUCGAGAUUUCUCGAAUAACGGGAUCAAGCGCACGGGUUUAUCUGGAGUAUAUUCAGCGUAAUCUGCCUGAGGGCGUCGCCAUGGAUGUCACCAAGACUGCUGUUGAAAAGAUCCCAGAGCACAUCCAGAAACCCCUGUGGGACGACGACAAACUGGAGAAGUCCGGACAAUGAGGAGGAUCUUCUGCUUUAUAAGUGUCUUCGAAGAACAUUUACAACCUGAUUCUGAAAUAAAAGACGCUGCUUAUGAACCACAGAAAGGCAUGUGAAUAUUAUGCGUUAUCAUAUUGUUUGUACAUGUAUACCAUAAAGCAAUGCAUUUUUUUAUGAGGUUUUCUGUAUUUUCUUUUACAUGACACCUCUUUCAACUAGCUUAAAUAUUUUUCCAUCUGUUAUUUAUUUUGUACUGAAUCUGUGUUAUGAAGAGUUGAUUUUAUCUGGAUACAGACGUCUGAAGUGUUCAUUUGUGCUUCAUUUAGCAUUUAAUAAAUCAGUAAACAGUUAAAA